AUGGUGCUGCGUGACAUUGACAAGGAAUCUUUUUAUUUAAAAAUUGAUGGAAAAUGGGUUUUUAUCGAUCAAGAAGUUUUGCAAGCUCAUCCUGGCGGCAGUGCAAUUACCACAUAUAGAAACAAAGAAGCUUCAACUGUUUUUCACACAUUCCAUGCUGGAUCUAAAAAAGCUUACAACUGGCUUCAAGAGCUGAAAAAAAAUUGUCCAACUCAGGAUCCUCAAAUCAAUAAUGAACCAGAAGAUCUACUUCCCGGAUAUGAAGACGUGAAUAUGGGCAAAUUUGACAUUUCAUCGGAAAAAUCUGACCAAAUUACUAAAAAUUUUGAUAAAUUGCGUAUGAAGUUGAGGACUGACGGUUUGAUGGAAGGUAGUUACGUGUUCUACAUACGAAAGGUCUUAGAAGCUAUCGGUAUCAUAUGCUUGGCUGUUUUCUUACAGAGCAAAGAAUGGUAUGUUCCAUCUGCCAUUCUGAUGGGAUUGGCCUGGCAACAAUUAGGAUGGCUAAUUCAUGAGUUUACUCACAACCAAUUAUUCAAAGAUCAUUGGCAUAAUGACUUAGCCAGUUACUUUGUUGGUAAUUUCUUGCAAGGGUUUUCGUCUGGUGGAUGGAAAGAGCAGCAUAACAUUCAUCAUGCCGCAACUAAUGUAGUUGGACGUGACGGAGAUUUAGACUUGAUGCCAUUCUAUGCGACUGUCGUACAAGAUUUAAAGUCAUGUGAUAAUUGGCUUCUGAAGAUUUUGCCCUAUCAGCAUAUCUAUUGGUCCGUGAUGCUACCGUUAUUACGUUUGAGUUGGUUGUCUCAGUCAAUCCAAUUCGUCCUUGCAAUGCCAACACAUUUCUAUAUCUAUUAUAGAGAGAGAGCAAUUUAUGAACAGACCUCACUUCUUGCUCAUUGGAUUCUGUCUUUGCUUCAACUUUACAUGCUUCCAGAUUUCCAGACAAGAGUUAUGUUCUUCUUGGUUUCUCAUUUGACAGGAGGAUUUUUGUUAGCUCAUGUUGUCACGUACAAUCAUUAUUCCGUGGAGAAGUUCCCUUAUAACUCAAACAUCAUGUCCAACUAUGCUUGUCUCCAGUUAUAUACUACUCGCAACAUGCGCCCUGGUGCUUUCAUUGAUUGGUUAUGGGGUGGAUUGAACUAUCAGAUUGAACACCAUUUGUUCCCUACAAUGCCAAGGCAUAACUUAUCUAAGGUCAUGCCGAUGGUAAAAGACUUCUGCAAAGAGAACGACUUGCCGUAUAUGGUGGACGAUUAUUUUACCGGAUGGCGGUUAGGCGUUGAGCAAUUCGCCAAUGUUGCUAGAAUCGCACGAAAAAUGAAAGAGAAGAUAUUGUAA